AUGUUGCGACGGCCUCCUGGCGAGGGACGGCUAGUCGCUGAACAGCAGCGGAACUCCAAGGUCUUCCUGACCCUGGCCGGCCUCUUGCUCACGUCAUGGCUCCCGCUCGCCGAUGCUCAGCCGCAGCACUCGCUCCGACACCAACAGCCGCCCGUCGCCAACAUACUACGCAAACAGGAUGACGACCUGCAAGGGCACCAAGAGUCGCCCUUUGAGAGCGAGCGCGUUAUAGGGAAGCUUCCGGCCACCAUUUCUCAGACCUCAACCGCCCGCAAGUCGACGUUUGAUUCCAUUGACGGCCUGCAGAACGCCGUCACCACCAUCCGCAACCAUGAUGGCAACAGCAACCAGUUCCGCAGCCGACCAAACCACCACAAAGAUCACAAAAAUACAAACACCGAACCUUACGAUGCGAGCGCCCUCGCAACUGUGGCUCUGGAGCACCACUCCGUUCGAGCCCCCAAAUCUCCACGACAGCUGUCCAGCGUUCUCGCAGGUGCUGGGCUGUCCUCGCCGCAAUCUGCGCGGAGUCUGGAGAGAUGGGAAGUGGAAGACUUUGUUCUUCUGGCGACCGUCGAUGGACAUAUUUACGCCGUCAACAAAGAGUCGGGCGAGGAACGCUGGAGGCUCGACUCUGAGUACCCCGCUGUCGAGACCAUCCACAACCGCCCCAACAAGUCCUCGGGCGACGACGAUUACCAUCCCAUCCACGAUUACAUCUGGGCUGUCGAGCCUACGCAGGACGGGCCAGUCUAUGUCUACAAGUCGUCGGGAGUCGGGGCCGGGUUGACGAGCACUGGCUGGACUAUGAAGAAAAUCGUCGAAGAGUUGAGUGGGCGGGCCCAGACGGACCCCCCGGUGGUCUACACCGGGGAUAAAAAGACCGAGGUGGUCACCGUCGAUGCCGCCACAGGGCGCAUCAAGAAGUGGUUCGGGGGCCAGAUGGGCCAUGCCGUCGAUCAGACUUGCUCCCGCCCCAACGAUCUGGUGGACAUGGACAACGGGGAAUGCAGCAACACCGGCACCAUCGCUCUGGUCCGCACCGAGUACACGGUCAGCAUCCAUCGCGAAGAUGACGGCAGACUGCUAGCCACACUGAAGUAUCGAGAGUGGGCCCCCAACACCUUCGACAGCGACCUGCACCAGCAGUACCAGAAAACCCAGCUGAGCGAGUACUACACUAGUCGCCACGACGGCACGCUGUACGCGCUCAGUAGCGAAAUGGAUGGGUACCCGGGUAAAGCCCUACGCUUGUCCGUCCCGGUUGCUCGUGUCUUCGACGUGCGACGGCCGCGUGAUGUUCCCAAGGGCAGUAAUCCUGAGCUGGUUCUCCUGCCCCAACCCACGCCGCCAUUUUCAGACAGUGCGCAGGCCCGAAGUCGAAGCUCCAGCAUCUUUCUCAACCAGACAUGGUCUGGCAGCUGGUAUGCCAUGUCCGGUCUCUCGUACCCCCUCAUGGUUGACGCACCAGCGGCCCAAGUCAGCAGAGACCGUAUCUCUUGGGAUGGUGAUAGGAUCUCCGACGAGGCUUACGUUGGCCGCGUUCUCGCCGGGAACCACGUUCUGGGCAAUGUGCCCGAAGAUGUAGACCAUCUUUACGGCACGCAAUUGCCACCAAUGCUCCCCCUCUUGGGCCUACCCAUGUCGGAUACCGAUGAUGACGAGAACGACUCGGUCCAGGCCCUGGUGCUCAAUGCCGAGUAUGACUUGAGCAUCGUCGAGAAAGUCUUGACACUUCCUGAAACGACGGCCGCCUACGUCAAGGAAUUCUUCUUUAAUCCCGUCUUUUAUGUCAUGCUGGCUGCCGGGCUUAUCUACUAUUUGAAGGCCUUGAAGGCCGGCCAACAAGCUACGGGUCGUGGCAUCUCAUCGGGCUUGAGUCCAUCUCUGCGCCCGCCUUUGCUCAAUAAGGUCAAUGAUGCCUCUCCCAUGCGUGGGGACUUGGGAUCUGCCGCGGACGAGGCUAUCGUCAACAAUGUCCCGGGUCUUUCACUGGAGGAUCCUGUUGCUGACAAGCAGACACCCGCUGUUGCUGCUGCAGAGGAGGCUGCUCGAAUAGAGCUGCCAACUGCAGAGCCACAGGUCGUUGGCAUCGACUCCCCGGAGAAAAAGGACAAAAUGCCCCGGAAACGAGGUACCCGAGGCGGCAAGAAGCACAAAAAGAAGAGCAAACAAGACCCGUCACAAUCCCAAGAUGACAAAGUGACACCUUCCGACGACGGCCCGAGCUCGGAUCAGAUUAUCAAGAUCAUGAAUCUAGGCAAAGAGCCAGGGCUUCAGCCCAAUGUGAAGACGAUCCCAGGUGAUCCGGAAGAUUUGAGCUCGGGUUUUGUUAUCAAUGGUCUCCAGGUCAAUACCGACGAACAGCUUGGGACAGGGAGCAACGGUACGCUUGUCUUCUCAGGCAAGUUUCACGGGCGAUCUGUCGCGGUCAAACGUAUGCUUGGAGCAUUCUAUGACAUCGCCUCGCAAGAGACGAAGCUCCUUUUGGAGAGUGACACUCAUCAAAAUGUUAUCCAAUAUUUCGCCCUACAUGAAGAUCGCACCUUCUUGUACAUCGCCCUGGAGCGUUGCGAUGCAUCUCUCUCGGAUAUCGUGGAGAAACCUCACAUGCACCGGAGUCUCGCGCAGGCUGGAGAGCGGGACAUUCCCAAUGUCCUCCUUCAAAUUGCUAAUGGGUUGAGUCAUCUGCACAGCCUGCGCAUCGUGCACCGAGAUUUGAAGCCGCAGAACAUCCUCGUCACCAUGACCAAGGAAGGCAAGCCACGGCUUGUGGUGUCCGACUUUGGGCUUUGCAAGAAGCUCGACGGUAUCCAAUCGUCGUUUGGUGCUACCACGGCCCACGCUGCUGGAACGUCGGGCUGGCGUGCACCUGAACUGCUGCUUGACGAUGACGCCCGCGACAUGUCGACCUCGAUGGCCAGCAGCCACAGCCACAGCGAGUCAAGUCAGCUAGUCAGCUCGGAUGUCAUGCCCAACCGCCGCGCCACUCGAGCCAUUGACAUCUUCAGUCUCGGUCUUGUGUUCUUCUAUGUGCUCACCAAAGGCCUCCACCCCUUUGACUGCGGCGACCGUUACAUGCGCGAGGUCAACAUUCGGAAGGGCCAGUCAAAUCUAGAGCCACUCGACGUGCUGGGCGACUUUGCCUUUGAAGCCAAAGACCUGAUCCGCUCUAUGCUGUCCCUGGAUCCCCGUAGUCGGCCCACCACAGUCGAGGUCAUGGCGCACCCCUUCUUUUGGGGCCCCAAGAAGCGUCUUACGUUCCUCUGCGACAUCUCGGACCAUUUCGAGAAAGAACAACGCGACCCACCGUCGGAAGCUCUGCAAACCUUAGAGAGCUACGCGCGCGUCGUGACGCACGGCGACUUCCUCAAGGUGCUGACUAAGGAAUUUGUCGACAGCCUCGGCAAGCAGCGCAAGUAUACGGGCUCUCGGCUUCUGGACCUGCUGCGAGCGCUACGCAACAAAUGGAACCACCGUGAGGACAUGACGGACGCGCUUAAGAAGAGCGUCGGUAUCACUUACGAGGACUACCUAGGGUACUGGACCCGACGGUUCCCAAACCUGCUCGUCAUAUGCUCGGAGAUCAUCUACGAUCUGGGUCUGCAGGAUGCUGUCCGAUUCAAGGAGUAUUUUGAACCGAUGAGGCCGUAA